GUUUCAUUAUAUGACCCCUUUUGACAUGAGACGGUAUGCAACAAAUAGACUUUACUUAUGACUGAAUUGUCAAGUUUUACGCACAAACAAGAACGAGAAUUGAACGAUAACAUGCGGCAUAUUUCAAUCUUUAUCGGAAUACCUUUGCUUCAGAUUGCAAUUUGCUUUAAUGAAAAGAACAAUUCUGAACGAGUAGCGGGCAACGAUGACCAAAAUGGUUCAAACUUCGCCGAAGUAACCCAGUUGCCGGACUGGUGUUUUGAUCCUCCUGGUACUGACUGCACGUGGUAUAGGGAAUGCCUGUCGAAACUAGACAACUGUACCGAAAAGGCCACAUCUUACGCAAUCGGAUUCGGGGAGACAAUCUGUACCGAAUUCCGAACGAGGCGGGGCGAGUUCUCUCUCGUAGGACAGAAAUGGAUCAACUCCACCACGGCUUGUCUUCAAAAAAAGUUGGUCACUGCCUUGACCCCUAAAGAACCGAUGACUUGCGAAGAAGUCCAGACCUUUGCCUUCCAUACUCACAGUUCGUGCUACACGGACACCCCUCUGGGCGCCCCGUCGUUUUGUGACCUUGAUUUUGCAGACUGGUUACGGGUUUCGUGGAUCGUGAAGCAAGCGCUCGUGCGUGAAACGAGCCAGACAGUCCAGCAAGCCGCUCAAAUUUUGGGCCAUUGCGCGAGCCAUUUACUUGGAUAGAUUUGAUAAAUGAAUUUGCAUAAAUGUGA